GCCAGCCGCAGCCCCUCUCGCGUGUGGCGGACCCUGGGGACUCCAGGUCACACUGCGGCCCCGGCCCUCCCGCCGCGCCUGAGGCAUAAUGGUUAUGAAAGCUUCUGUAGAUGAUGAUGAUUCAGGAUGGGAGCUCAGUAUACCAGAAAAAAUGGAAAAAGGCAAUACAAACUGGGUGGACAUAACCCAGGAUUUCGAAGAAGCUUGUCGAGAAUUGAAGUUGGGGGAACUGCUUCAUGAUAAACUAUUUGGUCUUUUUGAAGCCAUGUCUGCUAUUGAAAUGAUGGAUCCCAAGAUGGAUGCUGGCAUGAUUGGAAACCAAGUUAAUCGAAAAGUUCUCAAUUUUGAACAAGCUAUCAAGGAUGGCACCAUUAAAAUUAAAGACCUCACCUUGCCUGAGUUGAUAGGGAUAAUGGAUACAUGUUUUUGCUGUUUGAUAACAUGGUUAGAAGGUCAUUCCUUGGCACAGACAGUAUUUACGUGCCUUUACAUUCAUAAUCCAGACUUUAUAGAAGAUCCUGCCAUGAAAGCUUUUGCUCUGGGAAUCUUGAAAAUUUGUGACAUUGCAAGAGAAAAAGUAAAUAAAGCUGCUGUUUUUGAAGAGGAAGAUUUUCAGUCUAUGACUUAUGGAUUUAAAAUGGCUAACAGUGUGACAGAUCUUCGAGUUACAGGCAUGCUAAAAGAUGUGGAAGAUGACAUGCAAAGAAGAGUAAAGAGUACUCGAAGUCGACAAGGAGAAGAAAGAGAUCCAGAAGUUGAACUAGAACACCAACAAUGUUUAGCAGUAUUCAGCAGAGUGAAAUUUACUCGUGUUUUACUGACAGUGCUUAUAGCCUUUACUAAGAAAGAGACCAGUGCUGUUGCAGAAGCUCAGAAAUUGAUGGUUCAAGCAGCAGAUCUUCUUUCUGCCAUUCAUAAUUCAUUGCACCACGGCAUCCAGGCCCAGAAUGAUACUACAAAAGGAGAUCAUCCAAUUAUGAUGGGGUUUGAGCCCCUUGUUAACCAGAGGCUACUUCCACCCACUUUCCCUCGAUAUGCAAAAAUAAUUAAAAGGGAAGAAAUGGUGAACUAUUUUGCAAGAUUAAUAGAUAGGAUAAAAACUGUCUGUGAGGUUGUGAAUUUAACAAAUUUACAUUGUAUUCUGGAUUUUUUCUGUGAAUUUAGUGAACAAUCACCAUGUGUUCUUUCAAGAUCUCUCUUACAAACCACAUUCCUGGUGGAUAACAAAAAGGUCUUUGGAACUCAUCUCAUGCAAGACAUGGUGAAAGAUGCACUUCGGUCUUUUGUCAGUCCUCCGGUGCUUUCCCCUAAGUGCUGCCUAUAUAAUAAUCACCAGGCCAAGGACUGUAUCGACUCCUUUGUUACUCACUGUGUUCGGCCAUUCUGUAGUCUUAUCCAGAUCCAUGGGCAUAACAGAGCUCGACAGAGGGAUAAACUCGGUCAUAUUCUUGAAGAAUUUGCUACGCUGCAGGAUGAGGCAGAGAAGGUUGAUGCAGCGCUUCACACUAUGCUGUUGAAACAGGAACCUCAAAGGCAACACUUGGCCUGUUUAGGUACCUGGGUCCUUUAUCAUAACCUUCGAAUUAUGAUACAAUAUCUUCUAAGUGGCUUUGAAUUGGAGCUCUACAGCAUGCACGAGUACUACUACAUAUAUUGGUACCUGUCUGAAUUUCUUUAUGCAUGGCUGAUGUCAACCCUGAGUCGUGCUGAUGGCUCUCAGAUGGCAGAGGAGAGGAUAAUGGAAGAGCAGCAGAAGGGCCGUAGCAGCAAGAAAACAAAGAAAAAAAAGAAAGUUCGCCCAUUGAGCCGAGAGAUCACGAUGAGCCAGGCAUAUCAGAACAUGUGUGCUGGAAUGUUUAAAACCAUGGUAGCAUUUGACAUGGAUGGCAAAGUGCGCAAACCCAAAUUCGAGCUUGAUAGUGAACAGGUUCGGUAUGAGCACAGGUUUGCUCCCUUCAACAGUGUGAUGACCCCACCGCCAGUACACUACCUACAGUUCAAGGAAAUGUCCGACCUCAAUAAAUACAGCCCUCCUCCUCAAUCACCAGAACUAUAUGUGGCAGCUAGUAAGCACUUUCAGCAAGCAAAAAUGAUACUGGAAAAUAUCCCAAACCCGGACCAGGAGGUCAGUAGAAUUUUAAAGGUUGCUAAACCCAACUUUGUGGUUAUGAAAUUAUUGGCAGGAGGACACAAAAAGGAAUCUAAGAUUCCUCCCGAGUUUGAUUUCUCUGCUCACAAAUAUUUUCCUGUUGUAAAACUUGUUUGAAAGAAACUGAAAAGGUGAUCCAUAAAGUGGUAGAAUCUACUUUCAGAUUCCACUCUUAAAGGAUACUUCCAUCAGUCUUACCACAUAACGUGAAGUGAAAUGGAUUUCUUGGAUAACAGCCCAUUAUAAGGUUUACUUUUAGUUUGACAGCCUUAUAUGAUAUGAAUGAAAACUGCUGUUUUAAAGUGGUUUCUUAUGUUCCAUGGAUGAAACUGGUCUUAUUGAAUGCAUUGAUGAACGUUAUAUGGUUUUAUUACAGAUUUAAUCAUAAAUCAUUUUUUAUGGAUGAUUGAGUGAAAAUAGUGUUUGUAAAGGUUAAUAAAUUUGACAAAAAAAUGCACUACUGGAGAUGAAAAAUAGCACUUUGUUGAUACAUGUGAACAACAGAAGGUGUUUGCUCUUUAACAUUUGAGUGGUUCAAAAACACAUUAUUCAAAAGAAUUUUCACAUCAAGAGACUUAAACACAUAGGUGAUGUUGGUGGAAUCCACUUAAAAGGGAUUUUGAGGGGAGAACCUCUAAAAUAUAAUGGGAGAUUAAAUUACAUCAGGACUGAUUUUUAUGUUACGAUACCAUAAAUUGUAUAUCAAUAAGAAUAUAGAUGUUGGGCCAGAGGUGGAAUGGUGGUUAAGGUGACUGGAUCCCGUAUGGUUGGCUGUGCAGUUCAAGUCCUGGACCUGGUGGCGGCUUGAGAAAUAUGCCAGGCACAUGUAUGUGCAUCCCAAUUCCCAAGAGAAAAAUGGAGGAAGACAAAAUGCUGUGGUCAUCCCCUUGGGAAGAACAUACCCUCCUACCCCGCAAGUACACACCCCUUCAGCAAACUUAAAAAAAAGAGAAUACAGAUAUGCUAAAAACACAUCCCAACUUAACCGUUACUUUAGACACCUUUAAAAGAUCACACAAUUAUAUUUGCUGGUGACAUUAUUCAGAAGGUAGAAAUGUUAAAUUUUGCUUCUAGAUGUAAAUGUGGUAUGUUCCUUUUCAUUUACUUCAUAAUCAGUUUAGCCUAUGAAACAUUGCCAAAUGGGGAUGUAGCUCUGACUCUGCAAGUGCCAAAGGCCCCAGCCUGCCUUUGCUGCUCUUUCUCUUUCCUGUCUGCCCUGGUGUUUGCCCUGGCAGCUGGCCAAUUCUCUUGGUAGCUUUCCUUUUCUCCUCUGCAGGAGGCAGUGCUAAAGCAGAAUGAGCUGUAGGGUGACUUCAUUGGCUUCUGUAGCUUGUCCCAAGACUAUGUAGCCUUUGGUCUUGGUGUUAUGGGGGGCCCAAGUUUCAACUCUGAUCUGACACCUUUCUUGAAAACAGGUAUUAUAAGUUCUUUCUGUAAAUAAGUUUAAGCAGCUGACCUGACUGAAACUUCCUGCCAUUUCAGAGAUCUUAAGGAGAGAAAGUUCCUGACUCCUCUCUUCUCAGUUAAUGAAAUAGCAGUGUGGCUCUCUCCCAGGAGUGGUGACACGUACGUCAUCCUGGAUCAACUAUUAGGUAUCCUGAAAUGUCAGAACCUAGAAGUCUUUAUUUAAAAAGUUGCCUUUAC